AUGGAGGACCUACACUUCUACAUCCUGACCUUCAACUGUGCCCGCAACCUGAUUCACCGUGAGCGGUUCGCCGCGCAUCUCUUCGAUGUGCUCCCGCCAUCAAAAGCCGCGCCAGAGGUUCUAGUUCUCAACCUCCAAGAAAUCGCACCCAUCGCAUAUGGAUUUCUCGGCGGAUCAUUUAUCGAUCCAUACGUGGAUGCCUUUAACGAUGCAGUCAAUGCGGCAUGCAAGAUCCGCUGGCCUCGCGAGGAGGUCAAGUACGUCAAUCAUGUAACAAACAACUGCGGCCUAACCGUGCUCCUCGUCUUUGUGCGAUCCGACGUAGCAGACCGUAUCUCCUGGACGGAUACUGCAGAAGUCGGAGUCGGGGUGCAGGAAAUGGGGAAUAAGGGCGCCGUCGGCGCGCGAUUGGGCUAUUCAUACAGCUCGGAUGAGACUGUCGAUUUCACUUUUGUAGCUGCACAUAUCGCGCCUAUGGAGGAUGCGUAUCAUCGGAGGAAUCAGGAUUGGAGGAGUAUUGUUGAACGGCUAGUGUUCACAAAGGGAAGUCCUGGUAGAGGCGAGAUUGAUGACAGGGACGAGGACACGGCUCGACUCUUGCAAGAAGAGAGAAAUAGUGGCCAAUCAAGCAUGUACACGCCCAGAUCACAUCUUUUUUUCGCCGGGGACUUGAACUACCGCACAUCAGAUGUGCCGCCGGCGAUCAAAGACUACGCACGCUUCCCUCAGCCUGAUGCGGCUCCGGAAGAUGCAGCUCAUUACUCUCGAUUACUUACAAACGAUCAACUAACGCGAGAAAGACGCGCGAAACGAACCCUUUAUGGGCUAUCCGAAGCAGCCAUCAACUUUCCACCUACUUACAAGUAUUCCUACCAAGCCCAAUUGGCGGCCCUGGAAGAUAAAGAGCCCACGGUAUGGCAGUGGUCGAAACACCGUUGGCCAAGCUGUGUCCAGGUUCAUGGGUACAAUGCAUUGCCUCUCUUUCCAACCUCGGAUCACCGUGCAGUCGCGCUCGCAGUAACAGUUCCGCUAAAGCCGAUUCCUCGGCCACCGCCUUCAUCGUUCGACGAUGAUGUGCGAGUUAAUCCGCCAUUCUCUAUUGAUCCGAAUUGGAAGAGCAGGAGAGUGUCGGCGAGGGUGAAGGAGGCGGUAGUUGGCGGGCUUGCAUAUCUAGUGCUAACACGAGAAGGCAAUGGGUUCUUACUGGCGGCGGCCAUUGGAAUGUUUGGUGGCUGGUUUGUGCUUCAAUCGCUUGUUAUGGGAGAUGCGUGA